AUGGCGGUCGUUAUUAUACUGGCAAAGUGUGCUCCACACACUUCCAGUGCCCCGGUCUCUCAAUACCGUCAUGGCAUUCCAGCAGAUUUUCACUAUCUUGAACGCGAUACUGUGCAGCCCACAAGUGGGCUGGCUGGAAUGUCCCACACACCGGACAUCGAGUGGGAGGGUCUCCCCUUCAGUUUCCUUGAUGAGUCUCUUCUGGCAGACAUUGAUGCCUGUCUCACCAUCCGCAACCAAUUGGAUCUGGCUGCAGCACACAAUUCUUCCGAAGAUGACUCGGACGACAUCUCGGCCUACUAA